AUGUUACACCUGGCAUGCAUGCAUGUCAUCGCUGUGUUUCUCUUACCUGCCUAUCUUUCAUGGCUCGCGGCCAUCCUAUUAUACACGGGCGGGCUAAUUGAAGAAGAUUUACUGAAUAAAUUUGAUACGCUCUUCCUCCAUAUAAAGCCCCUCAAAAACAGCAAGUGGAACCACGAAGUUCACAAAGCAACUUUGAUUCUAAGCGCCCAGCAGAUGGUAACUGGGAUAGGAAUUUUGGCAGCGUCAUUUGCUACCUUAUCAACAACAUUGGUAGCAGACUAUCAUACUGCGAUAUAUCUUGCCUGGAUGUCAUCCAACGGCUUUCUUGCCACGCUGACACUUCAACGACAUUACUUGCAGAAAAACACCUAUAUUCGCGCUGUGAAGCUGUUUGCCAUGCUGAUUUUCUUGGCGAUGAUGUGUGCUGCAAUCUUCCCGACCACAAAUUUUGAGUGGGCUGAUCAUAUUCUGAUUCAACCUGCGUGCUCGUCUGCUUCAUCUUGCGUGGCAUUGACGACCUAUGUCCCGUCAUUGUGGCAUAGUGCGAGCAAUACAAACCUCAAUGGAAUGCUAAGUCCGCAAGGGGUCAUCUCAUAUAUUCUCCUUAUUACCAGUUAUACCUGGCAAGCGACAAUGCUCUUUGAAUACACUAAUAAACGCACACAUUAUAUUAUACGAACACCGCUGCGCUUGUUGGGGAGAGCUGUCCUUAAAAAAGCUCUACAGCGCCUAGAACCCUUGCAUCCUCGAUUAUAUGACUUCCGCUAUCGUCUUCUUCUUGGGAUUUAUCUCUUUUUUAUUGCUUGUCUAGACUUCGCUGGCUCAUUCGCUUGCUUCUUGAGCCUUGUGACUGUUAGUUUUGCCUGGGCCAACUUUGAACUACUUAUACCUCGACUGCAUGUUUUCCCCUCAUGUGUUCGGCACGCUCUGGACAAAUGGGACUUCGGUCAAAUAUUACCCCUCCUACUGUUGCUGGGUCCUUUUUACAAUUUUGUUGAACACCGGUUGCGUGACAGAAACUCAGAAAACGACAUAUCUACUAGUGGACCAGAGGACUCAUCAAAUCAAGGGAAACCUCCAAUCAAUCCGGUAUCAUCAGUCCCCCUGUCGACAAUAUUCAUGCAAUGUGAGCCCGCUGGAGGCACAACUGAGGAUACUGCUCAGGCCUUACUAGACCUUGAGGCUGCCAUACAACGAGAGGUAUACUCCAUAACCUAUUUCAAAGUUCUUCUAGGUCUUCUGUCUACUUUUGCGGUGGGAGUGUCCGUUGGCUACUUCGUUGAGACAAUCCUAGCGUACACUGGGCCUAGUGAGCCGUAUACGUGGUAUACUAGGUCCUGGCAUAUUCUUCCUGACGUUGUCGGUGGAGCUGCUGCAUUUAUUGGAAUUUUUCUUGUUGCCUUACUCGGUCCGUUUUUGAGUCAUCAUCUUUCUGCUUGA